AUGAAUGGUAAUUGGAAUAGUUUAUGGAAGAUAUCGGCUCCGGCUAGAGUAAAACAUCUCCUUUGGAGAAUUUGUCGGGAUUGUCUUCCGACGAGGGUGCGACUCCGCCAACGUCAUGUUCCUUGUGUUCCUAAUUGUCCGUUUUGUGAUAAUGACUUUGAAGAUGAUUGGCAUGUCUUUUUUGGUUGUUUGGAUGCAAUUUCCUCUUGGCGGGCAGCAGGUUUGUAUGAUGUUAUAUUUCCCCGUCUCCACUCUUUUUCGGAUGCUAAAUCUGUUAUUAUUGAUAUUUGUAGCAAGGAAGAUAGAAAUCUUGCUGGUAGAGUAGCUGAAUGGUUUUCUGCUCAACAGGUCCGACACACUGACGGCAAUCAUGAGAAUCCGUUACAGUGGAAUCCACCGCCGAAUGGGUUCUUUAAGUGUAACGUGGAUGCGGGUUUUAACCGUCAGUUAGGUACUACGAAACGUGGGUGGUGCCUUCGGGAUGAUCAUGGAGAUUUUAUUAUUGCUGGUACAGCUUGGGAUGGUGGCACUUUAUCUAUUCUAGAAGCGGGGGCCUUAGCCCUUAAGGAAGCUAUCCAAGGGGUGAUCACCCAACACCUUGGCCAUGUUUUGUUUGAAAGUGAUUCUCAGUUGGUUGUCCAGAGUUUAAGAUCCAAUGCUCAUGGCACUUCAGAGUUUAAUUUUAUUAUUUCUUCUAUUAAAUUGUUGUUACUAGAUUUUCCCCACUUUGAGGUUAAGUUUGUAAAGCGUCAAGCGAACUUGGUUGCUCAUACUUUAGCUAAGGCGGCCAAUUCAUGGACUCGACGCAUGUUAUUUGACGAAAUUCCUCCUUGUAUUUUCUCUCAUUUGAAUAAUGAAAAAAGUUAA